AACUUUUCUGAGGAGUCAGCCGCUUCUUAAGCCUCUGAGUUCUUGUCUGGUUCUGGGUAGGAAUAAUCCCAGCACUCGUGUUCCUGGUUUUUUUUGUUUUAUUUUGAAGUGCAAACAGCGUGAAUUUCUGACUCAGCCCAUGUUCCUACCCACUUCCUGCUUCUCCUAGCUUGCACGUAGACUGCCUUUUCAAGGGUGUUCUCCAGCCUGUACUCUGAUCGUAUUUUGCUGAAAAUAUAAGCAAACGUUGGCCUUGGAAGCUUUCCUCUGCCUCCUCCUUUCACCUACUCACCUCUUCAAGGAGUUCCCUGUGUGUCAGCCCUGACGGGAGAGACAGAACUCACUAGUACUGAACGGCGGAGGUGGCAGGGAGUGUGGCUGCUGCUUUCGCUCAUCGGCAAGCCUGGUGAUGGAGGAAGAGGAAUGUGAGCAGGUUCCCCAGGAGAAUCCCCCAGAAGAACCACCCUGGGAUCCCACCCAAGAGCUGUCAGGAGGUCUGAAGGAGAAGGAGCCGACCCCCCAGAAGCUGAGGCUGCUGCUGGUGGGGAAAACAGGAAGUGGGAAAAGCGCCACGGGGAACAGCAUCCUGGGCAGGAACGCGUUUGAGUCCAGGCUCAGCUCCAGGCCUGUGACCCAGACGGUGCAGAGAGGCUGCGGGCUGUGGGCAGGGUGGGAGCUCGAGGUGCUGGACACCCCAGACAUCCUGUGUGCUCAGGCCCCACCAGAAGGUGCCACUCAGGAGGUGUGUCGGGCCCUCGCCGCCUCUGCCCCGGGGCCACAUGCCCUGCUCCUGGUGACACAGCUGGGCCGCUUCACGGAGGAGGACCAGUGGGCGGCGCGGCGCCUGCAGGAGGUCUUCGGACCAGGGGUGCUGGCCUACACCGUCCUGGUGUUCACCCGGAAAGAGGACCUGGCCGGGGACUCCUUGGAGGAGUAUCUGCGCGAGACCGACAACCAGCAGCUGGCCAGGCUAGACGCCAUGUGCACGCGGCGCCACUGCGGCUUCAACAACAGGGCGCAGGGGCCAGAGCGCGAGGCGCAGCUGCAGGAGCUGAUGGGCCAGAUCGAAGUGAUCCUGUGGGAAAACGAAGACCGUUGCUACAGCAACCGGGCCUACCAGUAUCUGCUCAGCCAGGGACAGGAAGGGCCAACAACCCAGGGGCCAGGCUCCCAGGAAGGGCCUCGAGGGGAGCCCUGGCUGGAAGGGCUGUCCCGAGUACAGAAAGAAUCCGAGGAGACACACAAGAGCCUCCUGCAGAAGGCGCCCCUCUAAGCCCAGGGUGGAGCAAGCGGGGCCUCUCUCAGCCCUGCGCCCGGUGCCCCUGACCCGGCGCUUGUGUCUCCCUCCCCAGGGAGCACUGCCCAGGCUCCAGGUCAGGUCAUCUGGCCAGGCGACCUCCCCAGUCCUUCUAUUCUUCCGGGACACGUGGACCCAGCUGGUCUGACUUCAGCAGCUGCGGUCUUGGUGUAGAACCUUCCAACUCUUGACACCACAUUUCUGGGUACCACGAGGUUUCUGGGGUCCCUGGCAGGACAGAGCUGCACCUCUCGUCCAUGUAGGCUCGAGCUUCCUGGCCCCUGGGCUCUCGGUGCGAGCCUCUGCUGACUACUGUCUCUGCCCCUGUGCUCGGAAGACACCUGCUGGGUGUGGUGCUAGAACAAAGGUGGCUCUGAGACCGUGGGGAGGGUUGGAUGCUGGGCUGGGAGGAGAGCCUAGCAGCAGCAGAGAGAGGUGGAAGGAACAGACUUUUCUUCAUUCUUGAGUUUACUUAAGCAAGUUCCCCAGGAACCUCUUAGUGGGAAGGAUGGGUGACAUCGAGGGAGGGAUCCAGGAAGCAGCCCUGGUCAGGAAGGUGGACCCAGCCCUGGCUCAGGACAUGAGGCCUCUCCAGGUGCCAGGUGGGCUUGGACAGAGGAGGCCACUCCCCAACCCCCAGGGAGACAUAGAUUAGGGAGGGCGUGCAUCUGUGACUUCCCCACCCUCCAGUGCCAUGGCCUCACUGUCUGCCUUCUGCUGUGUGAGACCCAAGGCUCUUGCCGACCUGCCCUGCCCUUGCCGCCCACUCUCUCUUUCUGUUGACAGUGGGGAGCAUGUGGGUGGGGUGAAUAUUUACAUGGAUUCCCCAACAAAGUACUUGUGGAAGGUUGGAUUGAAGGAGGCAGGGAAGAAAGGGGAUUGCAAAGGAAUCAGAUGAAUGCCUUGAACAUCUUGUGGGGCAGCCUGCCUGGUUUAGGGACGAGAUCUGUAGCACAAGGUGUUUUCCAGGAGGCUGCUCCGACCAAAGGGUUAAUAGGAAGCCAUACCAGAUAGGACAGGCAGGGAGUUCUGGCCUCAGGUAGAAGCCAUCUAACCGCAUACACAGACCGAUGAGCCUCAGAUGCGUCUCCGCUGCUCUGAGGUUCAGGAUGCUCCUGGGGAAUUUAACCAACUGCGGGGAUAGUAAUGGGGGGAACUGGGGAAAAUGCCUCCCAACACAUUCCUCUUCUUGCUUUGAGCUGUGUGGCAGUAGCCUUCUGGGAGGGUAAGACUGGGAGGUGGUGCAGCAGUGGAGGAGGGUCAGAAAUCAGAGGACACACCUCAGGUCUGUCCAGUUGCUCAUCACGUGGCCAGAGAUCUCCUGCAGACAGACAGAUGCCCAGACCUGUGGUCUCUCCUUGUCAUCACCUUCCCAAGACUCAGCAGGUUGCUACAAAAGCUUCAGAUUUUAGGAACCAGCAGUUAGCGUAAUGGCUAUGUCGCUGGACUCCCACGUAGUCAACCGCAGUUCGCGUCCCAGACCCGGUGGCUUAAAACUCACGCCGGGCGCAUAUGCGUGUGUGCCCAAGAUCCUGAGAGGAGGAUGAUUUCUCGCUUUCUGUCUCUAUGUCUCUCUCUGUCUGUCUGGCGAGUGCACGCGCUCUAUAGCGAAAAAACCUCUCCAAAAAACAAACAAAAAAAAGCUUCAGAUUUUCUUUCCUGAGUGAUUCAGAUAUGUCUUGAAGCAGAACAGACACUUUCUUGGAAGUAUGCUUACACCUUUUUGCCAGGAUUUAUUAAAUAAGGAAUCCAUUUCACGAUGAACUGAAAUGCAACAUGUAUCAUUUUACAAAUUCUCAUACUCCCUAAGAUAUGUGUCAGAAUUUUCAUUUCUGUUGAUGUCAUCUAUUUAUCUACUCCUAUAUGAAUAAAAUAUUGAUUUGAUGAGUGUGGCUUUGAUUAGAACGUGGUGGGUUAAUUUCCUCUCCGGUUCACAUUUUUAUAUUUUGUUAUUCUCAGGCAUUUAUUCCUCCAGGUGACAGUUGAAUUAUUUGUUUAGCUCCCAAUAAAAGAACCCUAUUGGUAUUUUA